UUGUCUUUGUGUUAACUGAUCCACCUACAGACUGCUCUCCAUCCUCGUCCAUCCCUCCCUCCUUUUGUUGUCUCACCCUCUUUUGCCCCCUCCCUCCCAUCUCUUUUCCUAGGGUUCAGUGUUGCUCCCGCAAGGUUUGACUGUCAACAGUGAAGGUUGGAAGAAGCGAACAGAUGGUCUACGUACCCAGAAGUCUCACUGUUUGGCCCUGAUUUGUUAUUUAUAUCCUUGUUAGGAACCAGACGGACCCAUUUGGGCUACGUUUCUACCGGAAGAAGCCGUUGGGGGCAGGGUGAAGCGGAACAGUGAAGUGGCAUCGUCCAGGCUUGGACCUCCGCGCUGUUUAUUGUCAACAAGGAGAUACUUCAACGGGCAACAGCAGCAGCGUCUAAGGACAAAACCUUUUUCUCUGGAAACCUGGGCUUUAUUUUAAAAUCAGACACAGAUUUUAAAGCCUUUUUUCUUGAGAAAUUUGAGACGGAUUCUUGGAGAAACCUGACUCUUUGGAUUGACUCUUGGUUCAUCUUGACAGGAUGUUUGUUUCAUUUAUUCCGCAUGGACUUAACAUUGGAUUACUUUUGAAGAAGAGGUAAAAAAGGCAACGCCGAUUUUUAUUCUGUAUAAUUAGACAUCACCCUUCGAGACCUCGCUGUGACAGGAUACACGCACAGUGGCAUCAGUGGCCUUUCAAUCCGAGUAUCAGGUUAUAUCAAUGUGAUCCAUCUAGGUAAGGCUACACCGUACCAGGAGUGUGACACUGAAACAUACUGCAGCUCAACAAUUGGCCUCCUGGAUUUGAACCAGAGCUGAAGGCAAAGAAACACUUCCACAAAAAAAAGCCUGGCUGGGAUCAAUUUCAUCCACAAGACCUGGACCGUGAAGCCCAAUCGAUCCCGCUACGGAGGACUGCCACAGAUGGCUGCACAGCUAUUGGCUACUCAAUAAUGUAUUGAGGAAUGAAAAGGAGGAGAAAGUGCUACUCAUACUGAAAAAGGUGGUUGAUUGUAGAGAGAAAGCAAACGAUAACUUCACAGUGAAUUCAGGACUCAGUUAAAAAAGGGAGCAGAUGUUGAAGAGGAAAAGAAAAAGGGAAGAAAAUGGCUGCUGACAAAGUAGCAUUGGGGCAAAGACCGUAAAAACACUUGGCAACGUCAACAGGAACAGUAAAAAAAAAAAAGGGAGUACUUUACUUUAAGGACCACAAAAGAGGAUAAACAAAUAAGAGGAAACUGUAGUAGACUAAAGGGAAACUUGUGAUUCUUCAGAGACUGGUCUAACAAACAUUUGUCGUCAUGGUGAACACUGGCAUGCAGCUGAUCAGCUUCACGUGCGCGGUGACCGGCUGGAUCAUGGCCAUCGCCGUCACGGCCCUGCCUCAGUGGAAGGUCUCAGCCUUUAUCGGCAGCAACAUCCUGACCUCGGAGAUCAAGUGGGAGGGCAUCUGGAUGAACUGCAUCUACCAGACCACGGGCCACAUGCAGUGCAAGACGUACGACUCCAUGCUGGCCCUGCCCCCCGACAUCCAGGCGGCCCGGGCCCUCAUGUGUCUGGCCAUCUUUAUGGGAUGGCUCUCCUGCACCGUGUCCUGCUGCGGCAUGAAGUGCACCACCUGCGCCGGGGACGACCGCAGGGCCAAGGCGGGCAUCGCGCUCGCAGGCGGGGUUCUCUUCAUCCUCACCGGCCUCUGUGUGCUGAUUCCCGUCUCCUGGACCGCCAACACCGUCAUCCAGGAUUUCUACAAUCCCAACGUGCCUCUGAUGCACAAAAGGGAGCUGGGCCAGGCCAUUUAUCUGGGAUGGGCGUCUGCCGUUAUCCUCAUGAUCAGUGGAGCUGUGUUGAGCAGCACCUGCCCCCUCAUGGAGAGGAGUGGCAGGUACCGGAGGGGCUACAUCGGACGAAGCUUCGCUAAUUCACCAGCUUCAGCACUAGAUCCUCCGAAACCCAUCACGUCUAAUAGUGUACCAUUGAAGGAGUAUGUAUAGGUGGGGGAGGAGGGAACAGCAAGUGAAGAGGGAGGAAGUUAGUGUGCCUCUUUCCUAAAUGUCUCAAACUAUACAUCGAAGUACAUAUAUUUAUUAAUAUAUUCAUCCUAUAUUUUGUAUAACUCUUUGUAAUGUUGAACCUGUCUGAA